AUGCUACACGAUGAAAAGUUUGAGCAGAUUCUUGAUGGUUUGCUAGAGGAAUACCGCCUCAAUAUUGAUCAAGUUGCCAGCAAAGAUGUUGUGCCUUCCAUUGCCUCAUUUUAUUUGCUACCAAAGUCCAGAAAAAAAAAAAAAAUCAAAAUGUCAGAAUCCUCAAACAAACAACUCAAAGUCCUUCAAAAUCUUCCUGAUGAACUUAUGGUGCGUUCCUUGUCGUUUCUUCCCAUCCAAUCACUUUUACAAACUCGUGUUGUGUCCAAACUAUUCAGGCACACAGAGAUAAGGUCUCUCGAUCUUGAUUUCAGCAGAAUAUUUUCUGUAGAACGAAGUCAGUUAGAGGUUACUAAUAUCAUCCAGAAUGUUUUUAACAAACACGAAGGAAUGGAGAUAAACCGAUUUGUUUUGUGUCCCGAAGGUAUCGAUUGGGAGGAGUCGGUAACCUCGUGGAUCAAUACAUGUAUUGGUAAAAAUAUCCAAGAGAUAGUGUUGGAUUUCUCAAAAUCUAGGGAAGUUGUGGAGAUCCCGAUCGAUUUCUCAGCUAUUAAGACACUAACAGUAUUGAAUCUACGAUGGUGUAAAUUUGAUGAAAUACCAAACAACUCUCCCGAAGGUUUGAAGCUCCUGAAGAAACUCUCGCUUGCGCGAACUAUGACAACGAAAGAGAUGGUAGAUGCAAUUUUUACAAACUGCAUCCACCUUGAGUUGCUUGAACUAAUUGAGUGUGGCAUUUAUGGGAUAUUGACCAUACCCGCUCUUAAUCAUAAGAAGUUCAAGUCGUUGGUCUUGUCUACUAUGACAAAUAUCACCGACAUCGUUGUGCAUGCACCCACCCUCGAAUACUUCAAGUAUGAAGGAUAUGUCACGAAUAUAACAUUUUCGACAACAGAUGCACUAAAAGAGGCAAAUAUCCACUACAAGAGGAAUCGACAUAUUUAUGAUCCUUCUGACAUGGUGAUUUCUAACAUGAAAGACUAUACAAAAGUUUGUGUCCUUGCAACGACAAACAUCUUUCUUGAGGCUCUCAUAAAAAGACAUGUAGGAGGAGGAAGACUGGAAAGAAAGGGUACUUUCAAGUUUGAGAACUUAACAGAUUUCAAGAUUUCCUUUAACGCUCGAUCAUUGUGUACUCUUUUCGAAAUUGCUGAAUUCCUCAAAGACUGUCCUAAAGUGGAACGGCUUGUGAUCGACAUUCAAAACUUCGAAUAUGCAGACCGAUUGGAAUUUUGGGAGAUUCAUCUGAAGGAAGAGAUUGAGAACAACAACUAUCUUUUCAUGUUUCUCAAUGAAGUCAAGAUCAUCGGCUAUAAAAAUCACUGGCAUGAGCUUGAUAUUGUAGAGUUCUUUGUCAAGAAUGCACCAGCUCUAGUCAAGGUUGACCUGGAGAUGCCUAAAAAUUCAAAAAACAAAGUUCACGCACCAGAUAAUGCAAGGAUCAAUUUCAUUACAAGCAAAUUUUCAGCGAUUAAAGUUACAGAAGUUUAAAGUCAAGUUCUGCCGAAGCAUAUCAACUAUAAUAGCUAUUUUGAUGUAUUUGA